GGUUUGCAUUUGCGCGUUGCGGACGUCUCUCCAUCUCCAUCUUCUUCCAUCUUCCAAUUUUUUUCGAACAUUUGGCUCGCAGUGGGCCAAAAAGCAAAAAUCAGUGAUUUUGUGUAACUCGGUUAACAAAUAAGUAAACACACUUGCGUUGCGUUGGAAACUUCAAGAUGCUGCAGCAUUGUCUACUCGCAACGCUGCUAAUCGCCGUUGGCGUCAAUGCCCAAGGCAAGGAGAAGGAGGAGUUCACCUGCCCAUCGCAUAUUGCCAAUGGCAACUAUGCCGAUCCAGCGACCUGUCGCCGUUUCUAUCAGUGCGUGGAUGGUUUCCCCUAUUUGAAUCGUUGCCCCUCUGGCCUAUACUUUGAUGAUUUGCAAAAGUUCUGCACGUUCAAGGAUGAAGCCAAGUGCGGACCAUUGCCAACAACACCUGCCCCGGCAACGGAUGCACCCGCCGACACCGCCCAGCGUUGCAAUACGGAAGAAUGCCAGCUGCCCUACUGCUUCUGCUCCAAGGAUGGCACCCAAAUUCCUGGCGAUCUGGAGGCCGAAAAGGUUCCACAAAUCAUCAUGCUGACAUUCGAUGGCGCUGUCAAUCUGAAUAACUACGAUCAUUACCAGAAGAUAUUCAAUGGCAAACGCAAGAAUCCCAACGGUUGCAACAUUCGGGGCACGUUCUUCUUAUCGCACGAAUACAGCAACUAUCAGCAGAUCCAGCAUCUGGGCUAUGCCGGACACGAGAUUGCAACCGAGAGCAUUUCACAGCAACUGGGACUGCAGGACAAGGGCUACGAGGAGUGGGUGGGCGAAAUGAUUGGCAUGCGUGAAAUUCUGCGUCACUUUGCGAAUGUGUCCGUGAACGAUGUGGUUGGCAUGCGUGCUCCAUUCCUGAAGCCAGGACGCAAUACUCAAUACAAGGUGUUGGAGGACUUUAACUACAUCUACGACAGCUCCAUCACUGUGCCACCAGUACCAGUGCCCGUCUGGCCAUACACAUUGGACUACAAGAUCUCGCAUGAGUGCAAAAGCGGCACCUGCCCAUCGCGCACCUUCCCCGGCGUUUGGGAAGUCCCACUGAAUACGCAUUAUGUGGAGGGCUUUGAGGGCGGUCACUGUCCCUACAUGGAUCAGUGUGUGCUCCACAAUCUCGAUGAGAACGAGGUGUUCGACUGGCUGCAGGAAGAUUUCUCGCGUUACUACGAGCAGAACAAGGCACCCUACAUGAUGCCCUUCCACACCAACUGGUUCCAGACCAAACCUCUGGAGAAUGGUCUGCACAAGUUCCUCGACUGGGCUCUCGAAUUACCCGACGUCUACAUCCUGACCGUCACCCAGAUGCUGCAGUACAUGACCGACCCCAAGGAGCUGCGCGACGUUAACCAGAUCGAGGCGUGGAAGUGCGACAAGAACAUCGCCGUGGCGCCCAAGCCGUGCAACAUUUGGCAGACUUGCGCCUUGCCCUUCAAGAUACCCGAACAGAAUGUGACCGACACUCGCUACAUGGAGACGUGCCGCGAGUGCCCCAAUGUCUAUCCCUGGCUGGGCGAUGCUGGCGGUACGGGUAUUUCGGGACGGGACAACUACAUCUUCUCGGGUAGAAACCCUGAGGGACAAGAAGUAGAUGAACCUUCCAAAUAGAAAAAGCGAGAGACUUUCGUUCUUUCCCUCUGACUGACUCGCUGUCUCUCUCUCUCUCUCUAUUCUAUUCUCUGAAUGAAUGUUAUCCACUUUUUCACACACACACACACACACACACUUUUUUCCGACUUUUUUAAAUUGUUUUCUCGAUUUUCCCAUUAAUUUCCCGCACUUGUACACGUCAUGAUGAUGCAAUAAUGAGCUAUUCUAUUCCCUUUUUGUAUUUGUUUU